GAAAACGUAUGCACCCCUGUAUUUUAUAUUUAGACCCUUCGGAGAAGCUAGAAAUAGAAAAAAUCAACACUCUUCAAAAAUGGUUCGGUUGAUCCAAUGUUUGGACAGUAGAUCCAGUAGAACAAGAAUACAUGCUUUUCUUCUUGAUCAGUCCCGGAUAUCCCGGCCCCGCAAUGGUGAGGGAAACUUGGAUAUAUUUCUGGAACUUGUCUCAGGGCUGAAUUCUGGUGAGAGAAUAGAUCUAGGGGUUGGGAGGUAUACUCAGGACUUUAUACUUCUCCGGGAUUGCCUAGAGCCACGAGGGUGUAAGGAGGAGGAGGAGGAGUAUUCAAAUAGAUUCAAGACCUGGAGAGAAUCUUUGGCUGUUCUGGGGAUUAACUUCAGAGAUGUAGUUCAAGUUCUCAGUGCUAUACUUCAUCUAGGAAACCUGAAGAAAGAGAAUUGUUAUGAAACAAAUCCUCUUGUGCUACUCAUCUCUCGACUUCUUGGACUUAAACCUGGAUCUCUUGUUACAGGUCUGAUAAGCCGGCAAAGGUUCAUUAAAGAUGAAUGUAUUGACAAUAAAUCGAAAUAUGAGUUUGAGAAGGGAAGAGACGGAUUAAUAAACGCUCUGUAUGUCCGAACCCUGACAUCUAUUCUGAAAAGAAUAAAUUCAACCCAACCAACAUAUACCUCAUCCUCCUCGUCCUCUCCGGAUGCGAGGAGUCCGUCCUGGACCCGGAGAGGACUCCAAGGCUAUCCUCUAGUUCCACCUGGAGAUUUGAAAUCUUCCAGGACAGAUUUAAACCAGAGCCAGGAGUCAAUCAAGAUACGGAGUAAACCUUCCUUCAUUGCAGUGCUAGAUAUGUUUGGGCCUCAGAAUAGGUAUGAACGUGUACAUGAGCUAGAAGAGUUGUUCAUGAAUUUAUGUACUGAAACUAUUCACAGCUUCUACACAAACUAUACUUUCAGGAUGAUUUUAGAGUCAUGCAGAGAAGAGAAAAUAGAGAUCUCCCCUGUAGAGUUUUUAGACCCGUCGCCUGUUAUGCAGCUUUUAACAUGUCAGAGCACUGGGGUUUUAUCUUUAGUGAAUAAAUACACGGCCGAGCCUGUCGGUCAAUCUAAUUUGAUCGAACACAUUCAAAUUGUAAACCAAGAAACCAACGAUCAUGAUCUCCAGACGCUUAGGUUCACCGACUCCGGGUACCCUGAAGAGCAGAGAAGAAACCAGCCUAGUUUAUUCAAGACGGAGAGGGGAAAUAAUUUCACAAUAAAACAUUUCUCUGGACCCGUCACUUAUUCUCCUAAAGAUUUUACAGAAGUGAAUGAGAAGAGUUUACCUACUCACCUGGUGAGAAUGUUCGAUUGUGAAAACUGUAAAUCUGGUUUUAUAUCACAUCUCUUCCAUCAGGAGUUGAAAUCACUUAAGUCUGGUGAAGAGAGGGUUUCUCCAGAUGUUUCCAUGCUUGACGAUUACCAGGGAAAACUGGAGCUAACUCUUAGUAUUCUGACACAAACUAAACCACAUUUUGUAACCUGCAUCCAACCCUCACCAACGCUUUCAGAACAUUCCAAGUUUGAUCGUCAAUUCGUUUCUCUUCAGAUUAGAAAUUAUCAAAUUCUGGAAACUAUGAACUUCUAUUUAGGACUUUCACACAAACUUAAAAUCAGAAAUUUCUACAGCAGAUACCAAAUUAUUUACCCCGGGUGGAGUAGGAGACAAACAAAGGAUAUUUCAGUAGCAUGUACAGAGCUAGUUGAAAAACUGAAUGCGGACCUGUCUCGUGCCAGGCAUGAAGAUAGCAAGGAUUGUGUUAUUGGAAGCAAGUAUGUGAUAUUUACUGAACUUUCUAGAAAAUAUCUAGAAAAACUCAGUGUCAGAGUUGAAGAGAAUUCAGCUGAAGUUAUACAAAGAACUUGGAAACAAUAUAGAGAACACUCCUAUAGACCGAUGAGCAGUAAGAUUGCACAAGCUAGUCAUAUGGUUGCCCCUGGACCAAAAAAUAUUUCAAUGGAGAACAGCAUCAAAAAUAUAAUACUUGAAAUAGUUCCUCAAGGUCUUCCAACAAGCUUAAGCAGCUUCCAGGCCGAUCCUUUAAACUCUUUGGCAGCAUGGAAUCUACCUGCCCAGGAUUAUUGGAAGAACAGGCAAGAGACCUACGGAGAAGAUGCUGGAUGUACGGUUCAUGCAAAUAGUGAGUUAGUUCUGAAAACUUUGAAACAACAUGGGUUGCAGAUGAAUACACCACCUCCUCUUCCCCCCAGACGGAACUAUAUCGUGAAAGGGAAUAAAAAGUUUUACAAGUUGUUAGAAAAUCAAGUAUAAACUGUGAUAUUAGAAUAUAUAUUUUACUCUCA